CUGGAAUCACAUUGAUAACAUUCAGGUUGCUGACAGGUUAUUGACAGGGUCACGUGAUAGUCCCGCUCGCAAGUUUACACACUUAGGUCCUUCGUUACAGGGGGUUGCUUGACUGUUACAAAAUGACAAUGACAAACUGUGUCUUGAUUGUUGCCGUCACGGUACUGCUAUUUGGUCUGGUGUCUUGUCAGGGCAAUGGCUCAACUGCGAUUCCCACAGCAGAAACAGUGUACAUGAAAGUGAGCCUCAAGCAGCAGCUGAGAAAUGUGACAAAUCUGUUAAAAACAUCUUGUGACGGGAAAUGUGAAAGUGUUGCCAAUGGAGUUUACUCGGCGGAUACUUUCGAGGGGGCUUGUCUUUUACUGGGAGGCUUAGACAACUGUCUAGACGUGCUAUGUACCGCCAGUGAAAAGGGUAGCUACGAGCAACUUCUCGCAACAUCUCACGAUAUCUGCGGUGCGUGCCGCGCCAUCUUUGUGUCACUGAGCACUCUGGUUCUACUGGUGUUGACGACAUUAGUCCUUGUGAAGGGAGACACGGGCUUGGAAUAUAAUACCAUUAUCAUCAUCAUCAUUCCCAGUGGCGUAGCGAGGUCGGGUGUCACCCGGUGCGGCACUUAAUGGUGUCACCCCCCCCCCCAGAGGCCUAGCGACCCU